AUGAGCGGUGUAGUGGUGCAGGGAACAGCUGAGCGACGGACGAGAAGGACAGCUUUCGCUCAGGCCCGUGGUACCUAUAGGAAGGGCAAGCGUCCCAGUCUCCGUACUGCCAGGAAGCUCCACAGCCACCGACAAGACCAGAAGUGGCAUGAGCACAAGAGAGCCCAUCUGGGCACAGCCCUGAAGGCCAACCCUUUGGGAGGUGCUUCUCAGGCCAAGGGAAUUGUGCUCGAAAAAGUAGGGGUUGAAGCCAAACCGCCAAAUUCUGCCAUCAGGAAGCAUGUCAGGGUUCGGCUAAUCAAGAAUGGCAAAAAAAAAAAAAUAACAGUCUUUGUACCCAAUGAUGGUUGUUUGAAUUUUAUUGAGGAAAAUGAUGAAGUUCUGGUUGCCGGAUUUGGCCACAAAGGUCAUGCUGUUGGUGACAUUCCUGGAGUUUGCUUUAAGGCUGUCAGAGUGGCCAAUGUCUCCCUUUUGGCCUUAUACAAAGGCAGGAAGGAAAGACCAACAUCGUAA